AAUCUUUAUUUAUUCUUGUAAAUCAAUUUCAUCCCCUUCAAAAUAAUCCCCUCUCGAUGAAAUACACUUAUGCCAACGAUUUUUCCAAUCCCCGAAACAUGUCAAAUAGUCCAUUUCCGGUAUAGCCAUCAGCACCUUCUUCGAUUCAGCUUUUAUCUCCUCAAUCGACUCGAAACGCGUUCCCCGGAGUGGUCUCUUGAGUUUUGGGAAUAGCCAGAAGUCACACGGAACCAAAUCAGACGAAUACGGUGGUUGCGGAACGAUAUGCGUGGAAUUUUUGGCGAAAUGGUCACGAAGAACGAGUGCAGUGUGAGACGGUGCAUUAUCGUGAUGCAAAAACCAAGAGUUGUUGGCCCAUAAUUCUGGUCUUUUUAGACGAAUUGCUUCACGUAAACGGCGCAUAACGCUCAAAUAAUAUUCCUUAUUAACAGUUUGGCCAGGUGGAAGGAAUUCAUAGUGCACCACACCACGAAAAUCGUAAAAAACUGUCAUCAUGACCUUUAUUUUUGAACGACUUUGACGUGCUCUUUUCGGUCUGUCCUCGCCUUUAGCACGAUAUUCGCUAUGCAUCUCCCGUUAUGAUGCAUUUAAGCUCGUCCUGAAAGUCUGAAAGCAUUGUUUCGCACACAUCAACGCGACGACUUUUUUCCAAGAAAUUGAGAGUUUUCGGUACCAAGCGAGAUUUGACUUUUCGUAGGCCCAAAUGGUCUUUCAAAAUGGUUUUCACAGAUCCUUCUGAUAUUCCGAUCAUAUCAGUAAGGUCUUUAAUAGUCAACCGACGAUUUUUGAGCACUAACUCCUUCACUUUAUUGACGUGUUGGACAUCUGUUGACGUCGAUGAUCGUCCGGAGCGCUCCAGGUCAUCAACACAUUCUCGACCCUCUUUGAAGUCUUUGUACCACUUAUAAAAAUUUUUCUGCGACAUGGUCGAAUCACCAAAUGCCUUCUGCAACAUGCUAAAUGUUUCCGCAGCCGAAAUUUCAUUCCGCAAACCAAAUUUGAUGGCACUUCUCUGCUCAAUCAAAUCAGACAUUGUAAAAAUCGAAAAAUGCACUCUUGGUCGUUUGGUAAACACAAGCGUAAAUAUAUUACUGAUAAUGACAUUCACAUGAAAGUUGGCCCAGAUGUUAUUAACAGUGCUGCCAACUCAUGGAAAAAAUAACUAGAGCGAAAUUUUAAUCCCGCGAAGUUUGACAAAUAAAUUCACCUUACUUUUUGCCCACAGUAUGUGUGUAUGUACCUGCGCCACCGCCGUAGCCGAGCAGGAAGGUGCGUGACCACCUUUCUGUAGUGCCCACACUCGAAACCAGCUUUAGGCACGCGCACCAAUAUUACAGCAAAGGCUGUUUCUUAAAAAAACUUGCUAAUUGGCUGCUGAAAACUAAAAUAAAAUUGUUAGUUAUACUAUUCCUUAUGACGGCAAUUACCACCUGGUGCUUGAUCAUUAGAAACAAGUUUGCAAUGUCGGUGCCCUCAGCUAAGAUCGGCCUUACAAUGGUAUUUAGCACCUCUCGAUUUAAUUUCAUUUAAGUUUACAUACAGUUAUAAUUAGGGAAAGAAAGACCGAACGCCGUAUUUGUUUAUUGUAAUAAUUUUAAUUUAAUUUGUAGACUUAGCAACAUUGUUUUUUAUGCAAAAGAGAUGUAUUAAAAUUUACAAAACAUAAGCAAUACGAGUAUAUGUGAAUGUGCAACAACAGUUUCAGGUACAUGAAGAAGUAUGUAUUUGUGUAUGUAUGUAUACAUAUAUGUAAUAAUGGGAACUGGCUCGCCGUAACACUCUUAUUUAGUCAAAUAUUGGAACGCUUUUUAGCGGAAAAUUGUGAAAAAAUGUUAGCUUCGGAACGAAAGUUAAAAGCUGUUUAAAUAUGAAAAAAUUUCAGUGCGACAAUUGAAAGAGCAAAUUAUAAUGUGAUCCAGAGUGAAAUAAAAUUAUUUAGUCAAAUAUUGAAAUGAACUUAAAUAGCACGAAAUUGAAAUAUAAUAACGAGUAUAAUUGGUUUAAUCAACAGAAGCUCACAGAAAUCGUCUCUACGUGCGAAUCGUGAAUAUUUGCGACCUUCGGGCAAAUUUCAUAGUGAAAUAAUAAUUCCACGCACUCACACACUUGUACUUGUUUGCAUAUAUAGAUAUGUUAGCAUGUACACAUAUAUUUAUAUAAGACAACGUAUGUAUUUACUCACGCUAAAUUGAGAAUCAUAAGCAUUCUACUGUACUGCAAUAAAUUAAAAAAAUAUUAAACGAUAAAUAGCGCGCGAAAAGUAAACCAAAAAAUUAAUUUUCCAGCAACAGCGCUAAACUUAAAAAAAAAAAACAAUUGCAAAUUAAUUCAACAAAAGCAAUAUUGUGACAAAAACGCGUGGUCUUGAAAACAAAUUAAUACAUCCACAAAUUGGUUUACGUGAGCUCGUAAUGAAAAAUCGAAAAAGUCUGGAUAGCCCGACGCCAGCAAAUCAGUGUGGUAUCCCCAUUGCCACCAGUGCUCACACCAACAGCAGUUCUAAUAUCAACAACACCAGCACUAGCAGCAUUCCCAUCAUCAGUGGGGCGGCAAAUGGCGCGAUUGAUAACAGCAUCACGACCGGAAGCGGAAGUGGAAAUGUUACUGAUGGCGGAGGCAACAUUUGCAGCAGCGGCAUUAUGGGGGGUGCUCUAACUUUGACAACAGCAAUGCAACACCACAAAUCAAGCGUGCACAAUUCAUCGCCUAACAGUUACAACACCACAAAUGGCCAUCAGUCCUAUCCGUCGAUAACGUCCACAUAUUGGCUGCCGCCGCCAAAUCCGGCGCCAUAUUUAGUUCCAGAACGCAAACUUUUCGUUGGCAUGUUGAACAAAAAAUAUAAUGAGGCCGAUGUGAGGCAGCUGUUUACAGGCCACGGCACCAUCGAGGAGUGUACGGUGCUUCGCGACCAAAAUGGGCAGAGCAAAGGUUGCGCCUUUGUGACGUUUGCAACGAAGCACAAUGCCAUUGGAGCUAUUAAGGCUCUGCACCAAAGCCGCACCAUGGAGGGCUGUUCGGCACCACUAGUUGUCAAAUUCGCCGACACACAGAAGGAAAAAGACCAAAAGAAGAUGCAACAGCUGCAGGCGAGUAUUGUCGGAAUUACCGCUCUUACAUCGCCAACAACAGGAGCCAUCGCAGGCUUGGCUUCGACGCCCUCAAAUGGUCUUAGCUCGGCCACUGCUGCUGUCGGUUUGGUACCCAGUUCUAUAACAGCGACAGGAGCGCGCUCGAGUGCAUCAAUGCCAACAGCGCUGGCGGCUGUGGCUAACCCACAACCCACGGCUGUCGCCAAUUCUGCCUCCGCGUUAGUGCCCACUUCAGCAGCGAUCCCAAUGUCGCCAUCGUUACUAACUGCUGCUGGUAGCGCACAGCAAACGUCACCAUACCUGGCCACCACGGACGCCAUGAACGUGUCAGCAGCACAACUGCAAAUAUUCCAGCAGCUACAAGCGUUCGGAUUACAUCCAGCGCAAUAUUUGCAAGGGUCUGGUGGAGAACAUCUUACCUCGCCAUAUGCCUCAACGUUAAGUCCCUUAAUUAAUGGUGCCGCUUUUCCAACGUCUGCUUCGCCCUUAACCCCCACAGCGCUACAAGCCGCUGCAGCUGGAGUUGCUGGAAAACAAGUUGAAGGACCGGAAGGUAGCAAUCUCUUCAUCUAUCAUCUACCUCAGGAAUUUACCGACACUGAUCUCGCAUCCACAUUUUUACCAUUCGGGAAUGUGCUUUCUGCAAAAGUGUUCAUCGACAAACAAACCAAUCUGUCCAAAUGUUUCGGUUUCGUCUCCUACGAUAAUCCCCAUUCGGCGAACGCAGCCAUUCAAGCAAUGCAUGGUUUCCAGAUCGGCACCAAACGCUUAAAAGUGCAACUUAAGCGCUCAAAAGAUGCAGCAAAGCCAUAUUGAACAGCCAAUUAAGUCGCCCUCGAUUAUUUUGGUCGUCAUUUGGAUGAAGACAAGAAAAAAGAUAGUAGCCCCUAAAAAGAAAUAAACCAAAGGACCAAUUUUCAUAGUGAAAGUAAAAAUACAAGUCAAAAUGCUUAUACAAGUAGCUAAAUAUACCUACAUAUGUAUAUAUUUAAAUGCAUACAUAAAAAGACCAAAGAAAAAGCUUAAAUAAAACAAAAAAAACAUGUAAAAACAGUUAGCUAUUUAAUGCAUGGUAAACUUAAAUCAAAUUUGCUGAAUUGAUUAGGUAUACUCGUAAAACCAAAAUGGAAAACUAAAUUUAUACUUAUAGUUCGUAAAUUGUAUUCAGUACAGGACAGAUAAAUGUUUUGAGCCAUAAUUGUAAUUCAAAAAAUGUAUGUACCUUAAAAAGUAGUUUAGAGUAUGAUAUCAGCAAAAAAUUUUAAAUUUUAUUUUCUAAUGAAAUCUUUAUAAUUUUUACUAACACUAUCUAAAAUAUGCAGUCACCAAACCAAAGUCAGAAUGGAUUUCAAGUUUAAUAUUCCUGCAAAAGGUGGCAAUUAUGAUAUAUUUUUCCACUGCACCUAACCUCUUUUGAAGCUAAUCGCAAGCGGCGAAUAAACGAAGCAACUGAUAUAAAGAUGCAUAUGUUGGUAGCGUUGGAAAAGAGCCGCCAAAAAGUAUAUUUGCCUGGAAGCACUUAAGAGUAUUAGCUAAGACCGCAUUCAUGCAAGGAAACAUUUGUUGCUUCAACUCGUUACUUGUGAUGGCCAUGCUCUGUCACCACCCUUUCUGUUCUCGUUAUUCUCAAUGUUGUUGUUGACUGUACUGACUAAAAACUAAUAACUGCAAGGUGCGUAAAUACGACGAGAACAUCAAAAGAGAAUUCGCAAAGAUGAACCAACAAAAGUUUUCGCGUAUGAACGCGGUGUAAUGAAACUUGUCAAAUAGCAGAAAAGAGAGAAGGCAGCAUUGAAAACAAUUAGGAUUAACAGUUUUAUGAGAUGUUACCAUACUCGCUAGCAGAGCCCAGAGAUAGCGAGCAGACAAGUGACGAACUGAAGGCGCCUAUUAUAUUAUAGAACAGUUCUGUUGUAUAGCGUCUCCCCUCCCAAAUCAGCUGUUUUCCUGGGAUAGAUAAUGUAAAUAGAUGGCUAAAUCUAGCUAAAAUUACAGUAAUAAGAGUAAAAAAAGGGAGAGGCAAACAACUUUUAAGUUUUUACUUACAGAUUUGUAAGCUUUAGAAUGUGAAAACAAUUUCCCAUCGUUAUCAGGAAACUAUCAUAGUAUCGGAAUUUUCGGAGCUGGGUUGAACGUUUCGCUAUUAAUGGUGAUCAACAUUUAGUGUGGUGUUAUGGAAACCCUGGAAGGAAAGCCGACACGUCCUCUUAUGCGCCUGUGUCGCUUUGUGCCGACAGCUCAAAAUUUCCUCAGUUGCCUCACUCUUUUACGCCAAUUUUCGUCAUUUGCGCCAGUUAAUCAACCCUGAACUUGGCUUCCACCGCGUUCAUGACCACAUUGGUUUUGGUUAUCUAACCUUAAGUGUCUAAUCGAAAAACCUUUCCACUAAGAAUUAUCGCUAAUUUGUAUUAGCAUGUCACGGACACUCCAAUCGUUGUAUUUUAACAUGUUUUAUGGCGUGGCUUGGAAGCAAAUUACUAGUUCAGCUCUGGUGGUGUUUUUCAUUGUCUCGUCUAUGAUCAUCUAACGGUAUUCCUAAAAAUUAUAUCUGCGUCCUACUAAUUUAUCAAACUACAUUUUACUUACAUGUUUACUUAUUUCAAUGAAGCGAGUGUUUUCUGAAAUGGCUUCUAGUUUUCAUAAGCUUCUAUCAUCGGAUUGGUAUAUUUAUGUGGCAUUUGUAGAAUGAAUUCAGGAUACGUUAUAUACAUUAUUAUUAUAUGAUCAGAUCAUAUUUAUCGAAGCAAAGAAAUUUAAGUGUGACGAAGCAAUGAUUAGUAGUUUCUAGAUACCGCUGGGAAAAAAUUGUUUAUGUAGGUACUAGGUACUCCGGCGUGCAUCUUGAGCAAGAACAUAAAACCGAAUAAGGGUCUGAUCUAGAGCUCAUUAUUAUAAUUUUUUAUUGAUAAUGGUAAUUUCUUUCUUUUCCUUGGAUUGCAUGAUUUCAUCUAGUACAUUGAUGUAUUUUGUCUUCUCUAUUAUGCCUAUUCGAUUUCGAAUUAUAAGCGAUCAUAUAAAUUUCAUUUCUUAAAUAAAUUUCAGCUUACAAACUUAACCUCAUUCAUGCUGUUUACAAUGAUUUUAUAUAUGUACAUCUCUUUGUUGUGCAGCAUUGCAUAGCUCUCCAAAUCCUCCGAUACCAUUCCAAUGAGGUAUAUUUCGCAUCCAAGACAUUUCUUUUCUCCACGUUUGCCACGUUUACCUUAAAUUUUUUCUUCUAAAAUAAGCUGCAGAUGAUAUUUCGGAUUUCUCAUAAUAUGGCCGAGGUACGCUGAUUAUGUCUGUUUAAUAGUUUUUAGAAGUUCUCGGUCUCUUCGUAUUUUCUUUGUUCUCUUUUUCAGGCAUUCAAGGUUGUUCUACUGGACAGAAUAAAUCAAUUUUGCACAAUUUAUGCAUGUGAUUUAGAAAUCACAAUAUUAUAAAACUGUAUACUACAAUUUUUUAAAAUUCUUAUCACCGGAAAUCAGCUGCACUUAAUCUGAUGGCAUCCUUUUGUUCUUUUUUCCUACACCUCGGAAACGCGCCGUCUAGUUCUCAGCAAUGCAAUCCGAGAUUUAAAAAAGUGUCACAGUACUAAUUUGUUUUUGUUUUGUUUUGUUUUUGUUGUUUGUGGCCGCACAAUUUUGUUCUAAUAAUAUAUGACAAGCAGAGGCACAUGCCACUUAGCAGUACCUUAAACAAUAUCAGUACCUUAAUAUUGAUUUUAGUUUUGUACAAGCGCAGAAAAAGGAGUAUCAGCAGAAAUAAUAUAUAGGAACGCAAUUUUUCAUGGUUCCAAGCCACUAAGCAACCCCUCAUUCAUUGGAAUAACGUUUUGAGAGUAAAAGAAUUAAACAAAAGAUUAUUAGCCAGAAGCCUAAAUGUCCGUAAUUUUUAGUUCCUUAUUUCACCUCACCUUAACUAGAAUCCAACAUCCAACUUGUAUUCGUACAUACAAAUGAAAGCUAACUGCGGUCAAAGCGUGAUUGCAGCCUACUUUAGGUGGUCCAAGGCAAUUAGAGCACAAAUACUAACUGCAUUCAUACAUAUUAACAUGCUAUUUAGGCACAUACAAGAACAUUUACUUUUUAAAUUUAAUGUUCAAGAUCAUUGCGCUAGGUGCAUGAUGAAUAACAUCAUUUUGUUCAAUCGCUAAUAGUCAUGAAGCUUUCGCACCAAAUAAAGAUCUAAGAGAAUUGAAUAGGGCACAAUUUAAGCCAUUGUAAUUAUACUUUACUUAGACAUACGCGCACCCCAAAAUCCGCCGCGCUUUAUCACUUACAUAUAUCAAGUUUACAAAUUUUUAAUUAAAGUAAUAUAAUUUUAAGCAAACAUACUUAGUAAAUUCCUAGUGCUUUUUAUUUCUCGUAGAACACCUCUAAAUGAUGUAAAUUUAAAUACAUAUACAUUUACAUACAUACGUAUGUAUUUGUUACUAUAAAAGUGUACUUACUGUUUAUGUACUAAGUCGUCAAAUCACUAAAAUAAUGUAGAUAAGCAUAUACGAGUAUAUACAUACACAUGUAUAUGCUAAAAUUUUUUAGGAUUCUUUUUUUGGAAACCUGCAAAACAGAAAGUUAUUUUUAGAAAAUAAUUUUAAAAAGUAAUCAAUGUAUUAUUGAAUUUAAUUAAAACAAAUAAAGAAACUAGUAAACGCAUU